AUGCUUGUCAUUCCAACAAUUGAUUGUAUCGAAGAAAUCUUGAAAAAUGUCAAGGAUAGAGCAUCUUUAUUCUCUUGGACCAGGGUGAAUAGUACUUUGUGUAGUAUAGCCAUACAACUUUUAUGGAGUUGUCCAUUUUCAGAUUUGAAAUGGCCACAAGAUCAUCAUAAAGGAUAUCUUUUAAUACGUACAUAUAUUGCAUGUCUUUCAAAAGAUAAAAAACAGUAUUUAAUUGAUGAGGGUUAUGAUAUGAUCAAUUAUUACGGAGAAGCAUUAUUUGAUUAUCCAUCAUUUCUGAAAGAACUUGACAUUGGUAAUGUACAAUAUUCAAUUUCUCAUUGGUGGAAUGAGACAGCAGAUUAUAGAGUACGUCAUAAAACUACAAUUCCUGUAUUGGAAUCAGCUAUGUUUGAAAUGUUAUUCAACAACAAUUAUGGGUUGAAAAGUUUGAAUUGUCGAUUACAAACCUGUUACAAUAUACCAAAUUUUUCAAGUUUUGAAGGAAUUCAGCAAUCAAUUUCUCAACUCACUGAACUUCAAAUAGAUUGUUCAUCAAAUGAUAAUGAAGGUUAUAUGAUUGAACUGAUAGAUGUUAUAAUCAAGAAUUCACAAAAUAUCCACACAUUGGUGAUUACUCCACCAUCACCUCCACAGCAAAAAUAUGAAAUCAACAUACUUUCAAGUAAACUACAAUCAUUGAUUGAAUCACAAAAUAAUUUAAAAUUUAUUUAUACCACUUUACCUUACUCGGGAAUAUUUGAUCCAAUAAGUUCUGUUUCAAUAUUCUCAGCUUUAGCAAGUCAAACAGAUAGUAUAACAGAAUUAGAUCUUAGAAAAAUGUUUAUCAAUUGGAAUUCAUUGGAAAUUUUAGCAAAAUGUUACAAUUUAAAAUCAUUAACUUUA